AUGUUUCUUCUUCUUCUUUUUAUCUCUCAACAGAAAUGUACAGAUUUAUUCGAGUGUAUACCAUUAAAAGUGCGAAAGAACAAAGGAAGUUAUAACCUGGAAUCGUAUGCCUACAACUCUAGUCAACCAACCUCUAAACGCAAAUUACCAAGUUCAUUUGUCCAUCGUUCACGUGUUCAACGGAUAAUUGAUGAUUUUCUUUACAAAGCGAAGAAAAGAGGGUUAUACAACAGAACAGGUAAAGAAAAACGGCACUGUUCAGAUGCGAAUAACUGUCAUUCAGUGAGUAAUAGUCAGCCAGUUGAUUCUGUUCAUUCGAAAGAAAGCAAUCAAAAUUUCCGCGACCAUUCACCGCCAAAAAUGGAUGAAUCUUUUGCAUUUAAACCUGUUGAUUUAAGUGAUGACCUUUUUGACCACGACCUUCACCAUACGCAUUCUUCAGGAUUUCAUUCUCGAUCAAACUCACCAGAUCCAUUUGAACAGCAAAGAAAUCAGAACAACUCUGAAAUUCUCUCAAACUAUGGAUUUGCUAUACAAGAUGAUAAUAAAAUGAAGGAAAAAGAAUUUAUGAUAUUUGAAAAUCCUUGUGAUGUACACCUUCUUGACUGUAAUAGUAACAGAAGAAUUCAGACACUGAAUUCUCCUCCUAGAGAUUAUUUAUUACACCCCAGAUUUAUGCAAAAUCCAUUUGAUGAAGAAAGAAAACUUCAUAAUAUUCCGGAAAACAAGAAACUAAACUUUACAGAUAUUACAAAGAAAUUUGGAAGAAGUCAGACGAAAUCAUCGGCACCGUUGAAUUAUACAAAGCCUUGCUUCUUUUCUCAACAGCCAACUUCUUAUCAUCAUCAGUUGAAUAAAGAAAUUAAUGAUAAAGCUUUCGAAACAUUUGAUGUUGGAAUUUGUGAAAGGUGUAAUAAACUAUACAACAAAUGCAUAACUCAUAAUGAUGAGCAAGAUUAUGCAUUUAUCGAUGAACAUCAAACUUCACAUGGCAGUACAAAAAUUCCUCUCUCUAGUUAUAAACCUUCAAGAGAUAUUUGGGUACCUAACUUCUCCAGUCAACCAUCUCACUCAAAUAAUAUGAAUUUUUGUACUAAUAAGGAGAAUGAUCGUGCCCUCCAGCAAUUCAGAAAUGACUAUCAACUCAGACACUUUGAUAAUACAGAUCCUGAUCAACUUAUUGAUUUGCAUCAUUGUAACUGCUGCAUACAUAAGUAUUUCACAAAUUCAUCACACUCACAAAUAGCACAGACUAAUUUUCAUAAAUACAUGAAUCAUUUCUUGAGAGAUCAUUUUCACUCAUCUUUCAAAGAUCAAAAUCCCCAAAAAGCUUUCAGCAAUUCGAAUACAGAUGAUGGCCUCAAGAGAGUCGAUCCUAUUUAUAAUCACAUGAAUAAAACUUACACUAUCGAAGCGCCAUGUCAAAGUUUUAAUCCUGAGAGAUUUUAUCAAAAUGAAAGACACAGUAAUGACUUUUCGGGGAAAAACGAUCAACAUUCCCCAUUUAUUGAUCAUCACAUUAAAUACAACGUGGAAUCAACACAUGAAAAUGUUAUCCAUUCUCCAGACAUGCCUUAUUUUCAAGAAGACGAAGCUAUUUCAAAGCCGAAAAAAACUUCAAAAAUUUCCGAUCAAACAUACAAAGAAGAUGGUAGGUGUGAGCAUAUAUCAUGCAUACACCUUAGAAAACAAGACAGUACUAAGAUACCUUGUUGCACUGAUGGAAGAAAAGCUAUGGAAAAUGAAAAGAGUCAACAGAAGCAAUCUUCUUCUUUAAAGGAAAAAAGAUCCUUGCACGAUGAAACUAUUCUUGCGUCUGACUGGAAUGCUGAUAGGCGACUACUGACACCGACUGCUAAUCAACUACCCAAAGCGCUGGCUACAUCAACACCGUUUAUUCAAUCCAUAGAUGAUGACCGAAAAUUUGAACGUAAGAUAACACAACGACCUAAAGUUUUCUACAGUUUUCAAGAAAGGAAGACGGACGAAACUUCUAAUGAUGACAAUAUGAUGUCUAAUGGUGAUGAGACUGAAUCAACCUUAACAACACAUUUGCUAAGAGAAGCAGGCAAGAGUAUAUCGCUGGAAACCAUCGGCUGUAUUGAAAAUGAAGAAUAAUAAACAUACUACCAGCCCAUUUAUAUAUAUAUAUAUACUGGUUGAAGUCCACGAAAUGAGUUUUAUGCACAGCUGACAAUUCAUCUCUCCGUACAUACACACACACUUUCUUCAUAAAUUUUUUCUAACUAAAAUAAACAAGUUUUAGCUCAGAGUACUUUUGUGGCAUUGUUAACCAUUUGUUUAGUUUUUGCUGUUGUCAAAAUAAACUUACACAAAAGGGG